AUGUUUAUGGUUCAAAAUGUUUGUCAUCUUGUAAAUCUGAUUUUAGGUGCUUUGUCCUCUGAAUUCCACUCCACAAGUUCAACCAGUGAAAGUCCACUAACAAAAGAACAAUGGGAAAAAAGUGAACAGCAAACAAAGAUUAUGGAGACAGCGAAAUUGGAAGGUACUUCACCCCUCAUUGUGAUACCGACCACUGGUCAUGGAAAAGAACUAGAAGAACCUUGGGGAAGGAAAGGCAUGUUGCCUCUUCCUGGAUCUUCCACCUUUGAUCUUGAAGAAAAACUAGAAAAGCUUUAUAUGAAACUUCUAACGAUAAAAGGUUCUUCAUCUCUCCCCGUCGAUGAUCUUGAGGUAAAGCUAGAUCAAGUAUUUGAGGAAAUUCGGAUGCUGAGAAUGGAAGGUAGUUUUUCUGUCCUUAAAUUUUCAACCAUUGAUCUUGAGAAAAAACUAGCUGAACUACGCAUGGAGCUUCAGAGGCUCAGAAUGGAAGGUACUUUGCCUCCCCCUGAACUCUUUACUGCUGAUCUUGAAGAUGAACUAGAACAACUUCAACGACUUAUACUAAGAAGAGAAAGAGAGAAAGGUAGUUCACAUUCCCUUUUUACCACUAUUUAUACAGUACAUGAACUACGCCAGGAACUUGAGAAAGUCAAGAUGGAAGCAUUAGAGAACGCCAUGUAUCCGACCAUUAGAUCAGGACUGGCGAAGUUUGAUGUCAGUUUACCCGAGGAACUCCAGAACUAUGUCAGCUACUUAUUAAAUGAGUCAGCCAAACUUCACUUCCGCAAGCAAGUACUCCAAUCACCUCGUGCCUUGGAGGAAUUACGUGUAGCAAUGGAUAAAGACGAAUUGAAAGCAUUCCUUACUAUUCACAUCAGAGAAGGUGCAUGGCAAGUGGUGCUGCUGUUUACGGAUGAGCUCUCUAUAUCUAAACAACCAUGGUACUGCUUUCGUGUAAUUUAUAACGAGGACGAGGACGAGGACGAGGAGGUGUCUAAUGAAGUGAUAUACAGUUCAAUUUCAGGCAUAUUGUAUGGGUGGCCAACAGAGUACGACCCUGAUUUGAUAACACUGUGUAAAGCGAUCACCAACAGGGAUUGGAAAGUAACCAGAUUAAUUCUCUCAAGGAGUCGGAUAUCUGAUGAAGGUUUGAAGAACUUGAGUACAGCGCUUCCUCAGAGUGAACUUUACAGCUUGACACUGUAUGGCAAUGGUUUACAAAAUCAAGGAUUAAAACACCUGUGUGAAGCGCUGAUCAUUAGUGACUGCCAUUUAACCAGCUUAAACGUCAGUCACAAUAUGUUAGGAGACGAAGGAAUCAUGCACUUGCGUGACGCGCUAGCCAGCGUUAACUGCAGAUUAACCACCUUAAACGUCAGUCACAAGUCACAAUAGGAGACGAAGGAAUCGUGCUCUUGAGUAACGCGCUAACCAGCGUUAACUGCCAUUUAACCAGCUUAAACGUCAGUCACAAUAUGUUAAGAGACGAAGGAAUCAUGCACUUGCGUGACGCGCUAGCCAGCGUUAACUGCAGAUUAACCACCUUAAACGUCAGUCACAAUAGGUUAGGAGACGAAGGAAUCGUGCUCUUGAGUAACGCGCUAACCAGCGUUAACUGCGGAUUAACCACCUUAAACGUCAGGGAGAAUAGGUGGGGAGACGAAGGAAUCGUAUACUUGGGUAACGCACUAACCAGCAUUGACUGUACAUUAACCAGCUUAAACGUCAGUAACAAUUGGUUAGGAGACGAAGGAAUCGUGCACUUGUGUAACGCGCUAACCAGCGUUAACUGUACAUUAACCAGCUUAAACGUCAGUAACAAUUGGUUAAGAGACGAAGGAAUCAUGCACUUGUGUAACGCGCUAACAAGCGUUAACUGUACAUUAACCAGCUUAAACGUCAGUAACAAUUGGUUAGGAGACGAAGGAAUCAUGCACUUGUGUAACGCGCUAACAAGCGUUAACUGCAGAUUAACAAGCUUAAACGCCAGUCACAUUCGGUGGGAAGACAACGGAUUUAAACACUUGUGCGAUGCACUUACCAGCAGUAAUUGUGUGUUAACCAAAUUGAAAAUCGGUUUUAUUAGAUUAGGAGAUGGAGGAAUCAAAGAAUUGUCUGAGGUUUUAACCAACGGAUUCUGUACAUUAACAAGUUUAGACAUAAGCAACAAUGAAUUUGGAGAUGAAGGAAUCAAGCACCUGUGUAAGGCCUUGACUGAUACCAACUGCAAACUACGGAGCUUAGACUACCACGGAAAUCGGAAUGUAACUGAUAAAGGCAGAAAAUAUUUGUCUCAAAUGUUAACUGGUACUGAUUGGGAAGUUAGAGGAGCACAACUUUCCCGUUCAACUACAAAGUAGGCCAAGUAACAAGUCAGAGUCACAGAGACCUGACAGGUUCCUCCUGUUACGUUUCGCUUGUCAUGAAAUAAAUUCCAUUUUUAUAAAUGACAACUUAGAGAUUACUGUUCAAGGUGCUUAAUUAGAUAACUGACCUUCUAGUCACUAUCACUUGUUGAACGGAGUAUUAAAAAUGACCAGCAGUGAGGCAGUCGAAACAUCGCGAUCAAGAGUUUAGAAAUGACUCGGUAUCAUGACUCAAACGAUUAUUAAACGUUCAUUAUUCGAUAAACGAACUCCACUGUUUAAAAAAAUAGACUACAAAUGCAACUGCAAUUUCGUAUAACGGGUCUGUUGGCAAUAAUGUUAUACCUUUUGUAACAAAAAGUUUUGCGCUACAGGGAAUUGGUUAUACUGGUGAUUUAGCUGUAAAAAGAUGCCAAAAAUAUUAAAUUAUAUUUUGAUAACCUAUUUAAUGAAUAUCGUUGUUUUCUAAAAGAAAACUUUUAAAAAGUCUACGUGAGUUAGUGACGUAUAAAUAAGUAAUAAGUAACAACAUAUUCUCAAUAUUUAUAGGCUUUCGUAUUUUUAGUGGGUAGACUCCAAGGGUAUAAUGUUUAAGCUUAAUUGCAAUACACUUGAACAAAAAGGAAUGUUUUGUUCUGCCUUGUUCGUUUUCGAAGCCAAAUGUAGGUGUUGUAUACUCGUUCAAAUGAGUUUAUUUGGACUUUACCUAGUAAGUCAUUUACGCAAAGCUUGUACUCUAACUUGUAAUUUUUUUUCAUCCUAGCUGAUGAUUUUAUGAAGAGCAGAGUUAUGUAUUACUCUAAAAUUACAUACUAAUGAUAAGAAAGUGUCUUACGGGUUACGUAGUCCUUAUAAUGUAUAAUCUCUUUUUCAAUUUACUAUAAUAGUUCAGAAUGUCGUCUGAUUGAUAAUAUUUCAAGGUUCCAAAAUCUCAUAUUUUACAUAUAUAUAUUUUAUAUUUUGGAAAGAACCACACUAAACUGCGAAGUAUGUUAACCAAGGACAUUAAAUAUGUACAAGGACUGCUGUUGAAUUCGAAUGUAAUAAAUGUUGUUUUAUUUUUUCAA